AUGUUGAUGCUAUUUGCUUCUCUGUUUACCUCUUCUCACUCUUUAUAUUGGAUAUUCCACUUCCAGGUAGUCCAACAACCAUCAGGAACGAUUGUAAAGCAAGUAUCCACACUCCCACAACCCUCAACACUGACCCUACAGUCAUCUGCUGAGAAAAGGAUGCCGCUGAAUACACUUGUCCAAACUAACCAGUGUCCUGCAGGUUCUAUUCUGAAACAAAUUACCCUGCCAGGAAAUAAAAUUCUGUCGCUGCAAGCAUCUCCUGUUCAGAAAGCUAAAAUAAAAGAGAAUGGAGCAACAUCCUUCAGAGAUGAAGAUGACAUAAAUGAUGUGACUUCUAUGGCUGGGGUCAAUCUUAAUGAGGAGAAUGCGUGCAUUUUGUCAACAAACUCUGAGCUCAUUGGUACAGUGAUCCGCUCUUGUGCAGAUGAACCUUUUCUCUCCUCGGAAGCGCUUCAGAAGAUGAUCUUGAACAUAGGUAAAAGGCAUGACAUUAUGGAACUUAACUCUGAUGUUGUGAACUUGAUCUCCCACGCUACACAGGAGAGAUUACGAGGACUCCUAGAAAAACUAACUGUAAUUGCUCAGCACAGAGUAUCAACCCACAAGGGGAGUGAUAGGUACAUCUUAUCCAGUGACACCAGAGCACAGCUGAGAUUUCUUGAAAAGCUUGAUCACCUAGAAAAGCAGAGAAAGGAUGAAGAGGAACGUGAAAUGUUGCUUCGAGCAGCCAAGAGCCGUUCCAAUAAAGAAGAUCCAGAGCAACUGCGGUUAAAGCAGAAAGCGAAAGAGAUGCAACAAUUGGAGUUAGCACAAAUGCAACAAAGAGAAGCCAACCUCACAGCUUUGGCAGCCAUCGGACCAAGAAAGAAAAGACCAUUGGAUUCAUCAAACGUUGGAUCUGGGCUGGAGGAUUUGAAAGGCAAUGGAAUCGCUCCUGGAUCAUCAGGUUUUAGCCUUACGAAACAGCUGCUCUGUCCAAGAAUAACCCGCGUCUGUCUCAGGGACUUGAUAUUCUGCAUGGAACAAGAGCGGGAGAUGAAACAUUCCCUAACCUUGUACCGUGCUCUUCUGAAGUGA